AUGACGUCUGAUCAACAAAAUGGAAAAUCUCCAUUUUUGCCAAGAUUAGGGAUGGACAACGAGGACAACAGAAACAACACCAACAAGUUUAGGAGAACAAACAUCAAUUCUAUUUGUUCCUUCAAUUUCAAUCGGUUCCAUUAUUGUGUUCUGUUAUGUUGGCUGUUUGGAAUUUUCUUCGCAACCCAAAUGAUUUUUUCCGUAUUUUCAAAUUAUAUACCAAAAUGGAAAUGUUUAUUAAAUAAUACUUCCAAUUUUGCUAGAAAUUGUACAAUAUAUCAACAAUGUCCAGAGAAUUUGAUACAAUUUGAAGAGAAUAUACCUUUUCAUUCAGCGGCAAUGGAAUUUGGCUGGAUUUGUGGAGCUAAUGCAUAUAAUCGAGCUUUAUUUAGCCAAAUACAAUUUGCUGGUGUGCUCAUUGGCACUUUAACUUUUGGAGCAAUAUCAGAUGCAUUUGGACGAUUUGCACCCAAUUGGCAUUUCUUAUUAUUUUGCCGUUUUAUUCUUGGUCUCUGUAUUGGAGGAGAUUUGGUCGUUGUAUAUACUUUUGUGAUGGAACAAUUGUUACCAACUCAAAGGAUGGCUAUUAGGGGAUUUUUUAAUUGGGGAGUUGCCCGCCUAAUAUUUACUUUGAUUUGUAUGUUUUUCCCUGAUUGGCGUUCUUCAAGUAUUGCUUGUGCUAUAUUUUCAAUGCCUGCAUUAAUUAUUAUAAUAUUUUUAAUGCCUGAAAGUCCAACAUGGCUACAUAGUAAGGGUCGUCUUGAACAAAUGCGAAUAAAUGAAAGAAAAAUUGCCCGGUUAGCAGGUCUUCCACCGACAAUUAAAUUACCUGAACAUGAAAAAUUAUCACCAAAGGAAAAUUCUUUUUGGAAUUUAAUCAAAGAUAAGACGCUUUUGAGACGUGUUUCGGUUCUUUGGGUCAUGUGGCAAAGCCUUCUUUCGUCGAUAUGUGCAAUCUCUAAAAUAUGCCUUGUUAUAGUUGAUACUGUAUUUCCAAAAUUUUCUCGGCGUAAUCUCCAUCAAGGGGCACAACUUGUAGUAAUUAUCUCUGCAUCGCUUCUAGUCUUCUUCGUUUUUUAUGAUCAUGAUGGAAUUGGAAUUCUUUUGGCUAAUUUAAUUGGAAUAACUUUCAUUGAAUUAACUUGCGCCGUAGAAUCGGUGCCAACAUCAUUGAGAGCCUCAUCAGUUGGUUCAUGUUCACUUAUAGCUCGUAUUGGUACCUUAAUUGCUCCAGUGGUCUUUAAAAUUUUCAUAAAAUUUUCAAAAUUUAAUUAUUUUCAGUUAGUAUUUUUAAAUACUCGUUGGCCCGCAAGUGUUUAUUUAAUUAUUGUCUUUAUUGGUUCAAUAAAUUUGUUGAUUUCUUGA